AUGGGAAUGAAGGGUGAUUUUCAAUUUGGGUCUGAUUCAAAUUCGUUGAAUCUUCUCUCUGAGGUUUCUGUUGUUGUCAAAAAUUGGGAGGAAGAUGAUGUUGAGAAGGCCAUGGCCAUGGCUGUGAGAAGUUGCUGCUGCAACCCAGUUCAUGGAUAUGGAUUUGAUGGGUGUUUGAUUCCUCAGAAGGCCAUGGUCAAGCAAACCAAAGGGGUUUUUUCAUCAUCAUCAUCAUCAUCAUCUUCCUUGGAUAUGUUGGCUGAAGUUGCAACCCAACAAUUGAUGGAGUUGGAGGAUGGGAAUGGACUCACAACCAACUGGGUUUUUGAAGAAAAAGCUGUUCUUGCAGAAUUAAUCAGUUUCUGUGCUAAAAAGAAAAGGUCAGAGUUCAAAACUUUCCACUUCAGUGACAUUAACAUACCCAAGAAGAAAAGGUCAAGUAUGAGGAGGACUCAAAGAAGGUUUUUGCCACAUGCUGCUCAUGAUUCUGUCCAAAGUGUAAGUUGUAUGAAUAUGAAAAGGAAGAGGCUUUCUGCUCAUUCUGGGAGUGAUCAUGGUCAUGAAGACAACAACAAUGAAGCAUUAGUGCAAAAGAAACAAAAGCUGGUUCAUGUGCAAAGUACUGCAGAUGUAAAUUCACUGAAGACGUCUGAUGACACAGUGCAGCGCUGGUCGAUCAGGUGUAAAUCCCAGUUUCGCUUUGCACUUGUUAAGGUUAGCAAGACAAAGGCGGAGGUUCAGCAAUGUGGACACGGUGCAAGCACUUACAGCAGUAGCCAAAAUGGGCAAAGGGGCUCCUCCAUUUCAUUCAUCACCCAUGACUGUUAA